AUGACAGCUCACAAGUUUAAAUUUAUCGUCAAAGAAGAGAUCAAUAGGGUGGAUGUCAAAUUCUUCGCUCAAGUGGCGAAGCUUCUCGAUGAGCAUGGUCUAGGUGAUGUCUUUGGGAUUAGGGACUUGAAGAACUACAACACCGAUCUGAACGUUGAGGUCACUGAGAACAACGCGAACUUAAUGUUGCCUUGCGGAAGCAUUGACGAAGACAGGCUCAUUAUCACGGUCUGGAAGCUCGGACUUCAGGAGGACGACAGCUGCAACUGCAUGUCCUACUGCUUCAAGGAGGACAACAAGCAUUUGUGGUGUACUUUCCAGGCGUUAAGCAACACUUACAAGUGUGAGGAUGGAUGGUGA